AUGGAUCCAUCCCACCAGCACGGCGCCUACGCGUUUCUCCCCUACCUCCCCUCCACACCACACGCAGACCCUCCCUUCUUCAACAUCAAGCACACAUCAACAUGGACAUACUGCGGCCCGCUCCUCACACCGCCUCACCUCCCCUCAUCACUACAAGCCUGGUCUUCCAUCGCAGUAACUCCACCAUCCGCAUUACUCACGCGCCUCAUCCCGCUCCUCACCUUCCUCGAAGAUUUCCUAAUCGCGGCGGGAGUCCAGCACUACUGGCUAACCUUGCGCGCAACAACGCCGACCAAGGAGUAUGAUGUGCCGCGGUGGCAUGUGGAUGACGACUUCUUUGGGGAGAGUAAGAAAGGGAAAGGAGCGGGGAGGCAGAGUAGGGAAGGGGGUUGGAAACUGUGCACCACGCUCGUCGGCCCCUCGACGCUGUUUUUGCGGCAAUCUAGGAAUGCGGCGGCACUGCGUAUAUUGCGCGACACGAAGAGGAAGGAGAGCGAGAAGCGUCCACACGUUUGCUCCUCGAUCCGGUGCGCGGGCUGUUUUGAUACAGGGGAAGCCGUCCGCCGUACCUGCGCUACUUCAUUCGCGGGUGAAGACGUCGUGCAGGCGGAGUAUGGGGAGGUAGCGUUCUUCCGCAUUGGUGAAGAGGCAGGGGCAGUGCAUUCUGAGCCACCGUGUGGGAUGGACAGGUUGUUUGUGAACAUUGUGCCUGGAACGGAGGACGAGUUGAGAAGAUUAAUGUGUCGAUACGGUAUGUCGUUUCCGCGGGCGUGGAGUUUAGGACUGCCUAGCCACCCGGUAUCUGUUGAUGAACUCCGAGACGGAAAGUAUGAUGUAGAGAUCAGACAGCACGAUGAGCAACGAACGGAUUGA